AUGAUAAGAAGUAUUUAGAAUAAAAUCGAAGAAUGGACAAAUAAAAAUAUUAAAGCUGUAUGGAUAUAAGGUACUGGAGGUAAGGCUUUUUGCGCAGGAGGAGAUAUUCGUUCUUUGUAUGAUGCUAAAAUAUAAGGGGAUAUUUAAAUAUAAAAAAUCUUAGUAGAUUUUUUCAAAGAGGAAUUUACUUUAGAUUAUUCAUUGGCAGUAAUGAAACCUACAUAAAUUUCAGUAAUGGAUGGUAUAGUAAUGGGUGGAGGAGUGGGUAUAUCAGUUCAUUCACCAAUUAAAAUAGCUACUGAAAAUUCUGUAUUUGCAAUGCCUGAAGCAAAAAUAGGAUUUUUUACAGAUGUUGGAGGUGGUUUUUUCCUUUCUAAAUUAAGAAAUAAUAUAGGACUUUAUUUAGGCCUAAGUGGCGCUCGUUUAAAAGGAAAAGAAUUAGUCUCAUGUGGAAUUGCUAAUUUUUUUGUAUAGAGUAAAGAUUUAGAAAAUUUAGAAAAGGAAGUUUCUGAAAAUUUAAAUGAUAAUACUUCAACUGAAGAUAUUAAAUAAAUAGUAAAAAAAUAUAGUUUAGAUGUAGAAAAAAUAAUUUAGAAUGAAUUUGAAAUAAAAACAUUAUUUUAAGGAAACACUUUGUAAAAUAUAAUUAAUAAUAUUAAAUAAUCAGAUAGUGAAUUUGCUAAAUAAACACUAAAAAACUUAUAAUAAUAAAAUGCUAUUUCUUUAAGAAUUAUUUUCGAAUAAAUAUCAAGAGGAGCAAAAAUGAGUUUAAAAGAAAAUUUAAUUUAAGAUUUUGCUUUAAGUUAAAGUUUUUUGAAAGGAAAUGACUUUUUCGAAGGUAUUAGAACUGUUUUGAUUGAUAGAAAUGAUUAGCCUAAAUGGACUUAUUAGUCACCUUUUGACGUUCCAUAAUCUUUAAUUGAUGAUUAUUUCUAACCACUUCCUCCUCAAUUAUAAUUAUAAUUAUGA